ACGCGUGUGCCAGGCCGGGGCACGAGGGCGAUGCCGUCCGUGAUGGAGAAGCCCAGCCCGGCCUCUGGGAUCCUGUCCCGCAGCCGGGCCAAGACGGCCCCCAACGGGCACCAGCCCCCGUCGGAGGACGAGGGCAGCGAGGAUGAGCACUCGCACGACAGCAUGAUCCGGGUAGGUGCUGACUACCAGGCUGUGAUCCCUGAAUGCAAGCCAGAGAGCCCCGCACGCUACAGCAACAAGGAGCUGAAGGGGAUGCUGGUCUGGUCUCCCAACCACUGCGUGUCUGAUGCCAAACUGGACAAAUACAUCGCCAUGGCCAAGGACAAGCACGGCUACAACAUUGAGCAGGCACUGGGCAUGCUGCUAUGGCACAAGCACGACGUGGAGAAGUCCCUGGCCGACCUGGCCAACUUCACGCCCUUCCCAGAUGAGUGGACGGUGGAGGACAAGGUGCUGUUCGAGCAGGCCUUCAGCUUCCAUGGCAAAAGCUUUGCCCGAAUCCAGCAGAUGCUGCCGGACAAGCUGAUCCCCAGCCUGGUGAAGUACUACUACUCAUGGAAGAAGACCCGGAGCCGCACCAGCGUCAUGGACCGCCAGGCGCGGCGCCUGCUCAGCAAGAAGGAGCGCGACGACAGCAAUGACGAGAUGGAGGAGGGCCGGGCCACCAGCGAGGGCGAGUUCGAUGUAGGGGACCCCAAGAAGGAGGUGAGAUGGGGGGCAGGGGUUGGGGGUCACAAGUCACUGGGGGCAGGGCUGUGGGGGUGUCCUGGGGGGAGGCAGGGGUCACAGGGAGGAGGCUCCCGUGGCAUGUACCUGAGCCCCGAGGCCCUGGCUGGCGUCUCGGCCAACCCCGACCUCGGCACCCUGGCGCUGCGCCAACUCGACGCCCAGCUCAUCGCCCUCAAGCGCCAGGUCCAGUGCAUCAAGCAGAUCAACAGCAGCCUCAAGCAGGUGCUGGACGGCGGCAUUGACAAGCUGCGGCCCCCGGAGUGUUGA